AAUCCAUGCCUCAUUUAACAUCAUUGGAUCUAAGAUAUAUCCAAUGGUCCUGGUUAAUCCUACCUAAAUCCCCUCCAUCCUAGGGUUUUGUAUAAGAUGCGACCAGUUGAGUGUUGAUGCUCAUUUUCGCCGAGCAUAGCUGACAUUGUCCUUCUACAGUGAGCCAUCCAUACUCAGACAGAAUCAUGGCGCUGUCGACCAAGGAGAAGGACAUUCAGAUGCUGCUGGCGGCCGAAGCUCAUCUCGGCACCAAAAACUGCAACUUUCAGAUGGAGCGCUAUGUUUUUAAGCGCCGAAAUGAUGGAAUAUACAUUAUCAACCUUGGGAAGACUUGGGAAAAGCUUCAGUUGGCUGCGAGGGUUAUUGUUGCAAUAGAAAACCCUCAGGACAUCAUUGUCCAGUCUGCCAGGCCCUAUGGUCAGAGGGCCGUCCUCAAGUUUGCCCAAUACACUGGGGCCCACGCAAUUGCUGGACGUCACACCCCUGGUACUUUUACCAAUCAGCUCCAGACUUCCUUUAGCGAACCAAGACUUCUCAUCCUUACUGACCCAAGAACUGAUCAUCAGCCAAUUAAGGAAUCUGCUCUAUCUAACAUCCCAAUAAUUGCCUUCUGUGACACUGAUUCCCCGAUGAGAUACGUUGAUAUUGGUAUUCCAGCAAACAACAAAGGGAAACACAGCAUUGGCUGCCUAUUUUGGCUCUUGGCGAGGAUGGUGCUCCAGAUGCGUGCGACAAUUGCUCCAGGGCACAAAUGGGAUGUCAUGGUUGAUUUAUUCUUCUACCGGGAGCCUGAGGAGUCUAAGGAAGAAGAAGCAGAGGAAGUUCCUGCUAUAGCAGAUUAUGCUGAUUAUUCAGGUGCUGCUGCUGCAGUUACUGGUGCCGAGUGGUCUAGUGGCCAAAUCCCUGAAGGUCAAUGGUCUAUUGGUGAUGCUCCUGCUCCAGCUGCAAGUGGUUGGGCUGCAGAUUCAACUGUUGCUGCUGCUGACGGAGGGUGGGACUCGGCUGUGCCACCACCAAUGGCGGUCGAAGGAGUACCUGCUGUUACUUCAACUGAGUGGCAAUAAAUAUACAGUUUUGAAUCACAUCAUUUUCUGUUUAUUUUUUCGGUUGUUAAGAGAUGGAACUCUAAUUCACAUCCUGUCCUUUUUCAUUAAUUUAUGUAACAAUGUUUUGGAGCCACUUCAUUAAUGUUCAUUAUUUUCGUUAUUGUUGUAGCUGACAUAGUUAUAUCUAUUUCUCGCUGGGAAGGCAUCUUUUGAGAUUAUACUAUAGAUUUCCUUUUAUAUGUUUGCAGAUAGGUUCUUGUUUUAUUUUUUUUCGUAUGUGAUGUUUGCAGAAUUUGCUUGUGCUUUCGAGUUAAUGGAUAAAUCUGUGAAGUAUUUCGAAGGGAAAAAUGCAAUAGAAAAAACAAUUGGAAUGUCGUUCUGCUUUUAGUAACUAAUGUU